GGGCUUCUUCCGAAGGCGAGUGAUGAGUGGGUGGAAUUUCUGGCUGGAAUGGGCAGGACCCUUUCUAUGUCGGAGGGGGUGCGGUACGCUAGGGAGUUUUUUUUUUUUCUUCACAUCGCUGGCUUAAACCUUUCCUCUACCACACACCCCCGUAAAGCCUUUUUACCUCCCUUUCCACACGAUACGAGUACUGUACACGCUAAGUACCGUACCGUGUCCUGCCGUACAGGGUCAACCACUACAACGUAGCACGGAGGCCACUGCUGCUGCCUCUCUGCCCCGUCUUGUCUGGGCAAUUCUGCCAUCAUAUUCGGACAGCGUGGGGCACGCAGCAAUCGAAGGAAGGAAAAAAAUAAAGUAAAAUGUUAGCGACUCGCCAAAUAUUGCGAUCACGGCGGCUCGCGCCACUACCACAGCUGCUGCGAAAGAGGGGGACCCUCCUGGGUCUGAAAAAUUUCCACAAUACGCCUUCCCGAUGUGUGCGACGCAGCUGGAGGAGUCUUGGGCAGUUGGUUACCGAGCGGGAGUUGGAGUCCAUAGGGCCACCGAUGGGGUUCGAUGGUGGGGAGGGUCGUUUAAGAGAGACUUUGGAGAGGGCCAAGGGUGUUGCGGCAGGUAUGGCCUUCUCCGAGUUGCAUAAGGGGUGAGUUUGGGAAGCUGAUGAUGAGGGUGGUGAUGGAACAGGUUAUAGGAUUGGUCCGUUGGAUCAGUACGAGAUGUGGGUUGCUGAGGGUCGAUUGAGGGAUGAUCAACAUCAAAGAGGCGAGUGAACGGAUAGUCUUCUCGGGUUGUAUACUGGGAAAGCUCCGGGAAUUGGGUUGUGAAGCGAUUACUUGCUGACAGGUGCGGCUCCGGCCAUUAACAGGCAUUGUGCAAGAGCUUCAGGAACUUCACACGAAGCUCAAAGUGUACAAACCACCAAGUGUCGUACACCCCACCCUCGAAUCGUUAGCCCCGCCUCCGAAGGUGUCGCUUCUCAGCACACUUCUCCGAUAUAAACCACCGCUCUCGCUAUCAACACAAAUUCCGGGAGACCUCCCUCGAGGGCUAUACCUCUAUGGCGACGUUGGAUCGGGCAAGACCAUGUUGAUGGACAUGUUCUAUAACACGCUUCCAUCAAACGUAACGUCUAAAACCAGAAUUCACUUCCACCACUUCAUGCAGGAUGUGCACAAGCGACUGCACAAAUUGAAGCUCCAACACGGCCCGGAUUUCGAUGCGAUACCAUUCGUUGGGGCAGAUAUAGCUGAGUCCGGAUCGGUGCUGUGUUUCGACGAGUUCCAGUGCACGGACGUGGCAGACGCAAUGAUUCUGAGAAGGUUAUUAGAGUCCCUGAUGAGCCAUGGCGUAGUCAUGGUCGCAACGAGCAAUCGGCAUCCGGACGAUCUGUAUAAAAACGGCAUCCAAAGGCAGUCCUUUAUCCCCUGUAUAACGCUGUUGAAAACGAAACUCACGGUUAUUAACCUGGAUUCCCCCACCGAUUAUCGAAAGAUGCCCCGACCCGCUAGUGGCGUCUACCAUCAAGGCCUCGGCCCGGAUGCGCUGACUCAUGCUAACAAAUGGUUUAGCUAUCUCGGCGAUUCCGAAGACCUCCCUCAUCCCGCCACUCACAGAAUCUGGGGAAGGGAAGUGAAGGUCCCCUUAGCGAGUGGCAAAGCUGCUCGAUUCACGUUUGAUGACCUAUGCGGGAAACCCAUGUCCGCUGCCGAUUACCUUGAGCUAUGUAGCCAUUAUGAGACGUUUGUUGUCACGGAUGUUCCAGGGAUGGAUCAUAGGAGCAGAGACCUCGCAAGGAGAUUCAUCACAUUUGUAGACGCAGCUUAUGAAAGUAAGGCAAGUGCAUCGUAAUAUAAACUCCCCUCUCCCCCUUUACCCCUUCUGCUCCUAUCCCGAGACGCAUGUGCGGUAUGCGUGUGUGUAUAUGUGGUGGGACAAUCAUGAUAACGAGAGCUAAAAAAAAACAAUUUUCCGUCAACGAUGUUCAGGCUAAGCUGGUCUUGACAACCGCUGUUCCAUUAUCUCAACUGUUCGUCUCGGCCGCCGAGAUCGAUGCUGCGAAGGAGGAAGGCGAGGGUCAUGAUCUGGACGCGAGCAUGAGGAGUCUCAUGGACGACUUGGGGCUUAACAUGAAGGCGUUGAAGAAUAGCAGUAUUUUCUCCGGAGACGAGGAGAGGUUCGCUUUCGCGAGGGCCCUUAGCAGGUUAAGUGAGAUGGGAAGCGUGCAGUGGGUUGGGCGGUAG